UCUCUGUCCUUCUGACUCAAUCUCCGCCUGUCCGAGUUGACGAUCCUUCCCAUUGGCCUCUCCGUUCUCAGUCCCAGCAGCUCCUCUGCCCCAAGAUGGGGCGCGGGGCUGGCCGAGAGUACUCGCCUGCCGCCACCACCACAGAAAAUGGAGGCGGCAAAAAGAAGCAAAAAGAAAAGGAACUGGAUGAGUUGAAGAAGGAAGUGGCCAUGGAUGAUCACAAGCUGUCCCUGGAUGAGUUGGGCCGAAAGUAUCAGGUAGACCUAUCCAAGGGCCUCACCAACCAGCGGGCACAAGAUAUCUUGGCCCGGGAUGGGCCUAACGCUCUGACUCCGCCACCCACCACCCCUGAAUGGGUCAAAUUCUGUCGGCAGCUCUUUGGGGGCUUUUCCAUCCUGCUCUGGAUUGGGGCCCUGCUCUGUUUCCUGGCUUAUGGCAUCCAGGCAGCCAUGGAAGACGAGCCCUCCAAUGACAAUUUAUACCUGGGCGUGGUCCUGGCAGCCGUGGUCAUUGUCACUGGCUGUUUCUCCUACUACCAGGAGGCCAAGAGCUCCAAGAUCAUGGAUUCCUUCAAGAACAUGGUGCCACAGCAAGCCCUAGUGGUUCGAGAGGGUGAAAAAAUGCAGAUCAAUGCUGAGGAAGUGGUGGUAGGAGACCUGGUAGAGGUAAAGGGUGGAGAUCGUGUCCCUGCUGACCUCCGGAUCAUCUCUUCUCAUGGUUGCAAGGUGGACAAUUCAUCCCUGACAGGGGAGUCAGAACCACAGACCCGUUCCCCUGAAUUUACUCAUGAGAAUCCCUUGGAGACCCGAAAUAUCUGUUUCUUCUCUACCAACUGUGUGGAAGGCACGGCCCGGGGCAUUGUGAUAGCUACCGGUGACAGGACUGUGAUGGGCCGCAUUGCCACGCUGGCCUCGGGCUUGGAGGUUGGUCGCACACCCAUUGCCAUGGAGAUCGAGCACUUCAUCCAACUGAUCACUGGAGUGGCUGUCUUCCUUGGGGUCUCCUUCUUUGUGCUCUCCCUCAUCCUGGGCUACAGCUGGCUGGAGGCCGUCAUCUUCCUCAUUGGCAUCAUCGUGGCCAAUGUGCCCGAGGGGCUCCUGGCUACUGUCACUGUGUGUCUUACUCUGACAGCCAAGCGAAUGGCCCGGAAAAACUGUCUAGUGAAGAACCUUGAGGCCGUGGAGACCUUGGGAUCGACCUCCACCAUCUGCUCAGACAAGACAGGCACCCUCACCCAGAACCGGAUGACUGUGGCCCACAUGUGGUUUGACAACCAGAUCCAUGAGGCCGAUACCACCGAAGACCAGUCUGGUGCCACAUUUGACAAACGCUCCCCGACCUGGACUGCUUUGUCUCGAAUCGCUGGCCUCUGCAACCGUGCAGUCUUCAAGGCUGGGCAGGAGAACAUCUCUGUAUCUAAGCGGGACACAGCCGGUGACGCCUCUGAGUCCGCUCUGCUCAAGUGUAUUGAACUAUCAUGCGGCUCUGUCAGGAAGAUGAGGGAUAGGAACCCCAAAGUGGCUGAAAUCCCCUUCAACUCCACCAACAAGUACCAGCUAUCCAUCCAUGAACGGGAAGACAGUCCCCAGAGCCACGUGCUGGUGAUGAAAGGGGCUCCAGAGAGGAUCCUGGACCGAUGCUCCUCCAUCCUUGUCCAGGGCAAGGAGAUUCCUCUGGACAAGGAGAUGCAGGAUGCCUUCCAAAAUGCCUACAUGGAGCUGGGAGGCCUGGGGGAGCGUGUGCUCGGGUUUUGCCACCUCAACCUACCCUCUGCAAAAUUCCCUCGGGGUUUCAAGUUUGACACAGAUGAACUGAACUUCCCCACAGAGAAGCUUUGCUUUGUGGGACUCAUGUCCAUGAUUGACCCUCCCCGGGCUGCUGUGCCUGAUGCUGUGGGCAAGUGCCGAAGCGCAGGGAUCAAGGUGAUCAUGGUGACUGGGGACCAUCCUAUCACAGCAAAAGCUAUUGCCAAGGGUGUGGGCAUCAUCUCAGAGGGGAAUGAGACAGUAGAGGACAUUGCUGCCCGGCUAAAUAUUCCUCUCAGCCAGGUCAAUCCCAGGGAAGCCAAGGCCUGUGUGGUCCAUGGGUCUGACCUGAAGGACAUGACAUCAGAGCAGCUGGAUGAAAUCCUUAAGAACCACACAGAGAUCGUCUUUGCUCGGACUUCUCCACAGCAGAAGCUCAUCAUUGUGGAGGGAUGUCAAAGACAGGGCGCCAUCGUGGCGGUGACCGGUGAUGGUGUGAAUGAUUCCCCUGCACUGAAGAAGGCUGACAUUGGCAUUGCCAUGGGGAUCUCUGGCUCUGAUGUCUCCAAGCAGGCAGCUGAUAUGAUCUUGCUAGAUGAUAACUUUGCCUCCAUUGUCACUGGCGUGGAGGAGGGCCGCCUGAUCUUUGACAACCUGAAGAAGUCCAUUGCCUACACUCUGACCAGUAAUAUCCCAGAGAUCACCCCUUUCCUGCUCUUUAUCAUUGCCAACAUUCCCUUGCCUCUGGGCACUGUGACAAUCCUUUGCAUUGAUCUGGGCACUGAUAUGGUACCAGCUAUCUCCUUGGCCUAUGAGGCAGCUGAAAGUGACAUCAUGAAACGCCAGCCUCGGAAUCCACAGACGGACAAGCUGGUGAAUGAGAGGCUCAUCAGUAUGGCCUAUGGUCAAAUUGGGAUGAUCCAGGCACUGGGUGGCUUUUUUACCUACUUUGUGAUCCUGGCGGAGAAUGGUUUCCUGCCCUCCCGACUCCUGGGAAUCCGACUCGAUUGGGAUGAUCGCUCCAAGAAUGACCUGGAGGAUAGCUAUGGACAGGAGUGGACCUAUGAGCAGCGGAAGGUGGUGGAGUUCACGUGUCACACAGCUUUCUUUGCCAGCAUCGUAGUUGUACAAUGGGCUGACCUCAUCAUCUGCAAGACCCGCCGUAAUUCUGUCUUCCAGCAGGGCAUGAAAAACAAGAUUUUGAUCUUUGGGCUGCUGGAAGAGACGGCUCUGGCCGCCUUUUUGUCCUACUGCCCAGGCAUGGGCGUGGCCCUACGAAUGUACCCACUCAAGGUCACAUGGUGGUUCUGUGCUGUCCCCUAUAGUCUCCUUAUCUUCAUCUAUGAUGAGGUCCGAAAACUCAUCCUGCGGCGCUAUCCUGGUGGCUGGGUGGAAAAGGAGACAUACUACUGAGCUGAGCAGAGGAUGAACCAGGCACCAAACAGAUAGGGGUGCCCUGUUGUUGGGUGGG